CUUUCUCUGCUGGAGGGAAAGGCCUGGCUUCUUCCUGAAGCUGCCCGGGCCAGGGAAAGCAGCAUGGACGCAGGGGUGGUUUAUCCUCUGUCAGACUCCCCCACUGCCAAGAUGUCCCAGUCACCUCCGGCUGACGAAGGCAGCACCUUCGCCCACCUCUGGAGCACUCUGGAGCCAGACAGCACCUACUUCGACCUCCCUCCAGCCACCCACGCCGGCAGCAAUGAGGUCUCCAACCAGACAGAGGUCACCAUGGACGUCUUCCAGAUGAGAGGCAUGAACGACUCGGUGAUGUCCCAGUUCAAUUUGCUGAACAACAGCAUGGAUCAGAGCAUCGGCAGCAGAGCAGCCUCCACCAGCCCCUACAGCUCCGAGCACACCUCCAAUGUCCCAACGCAUUCUCCCUACUCGCAGCCCAGCUCUACCUUCGACGCCAUGUCCCCGGCUCCCGUCAUCCCCUCCAACACCGACUACCCCGGCCCACACCACUUCGAGGUGACCUUCCAGCAAUCCAGCACCGCCAAGUCAGCCACCUGGACAUACUCCCCCCUGCUGAAGAAGCUCUACUGUCAGAUCGCCAAGACAUGCCCCAUCCAGAUCAAGGUGUCCACGCCGCCGCCCCCGGGCACCAUCAUCCGGGCCAUGCCCGUGUACAAGAAGGCAGAGCACGUCACCGAGGUGGUGAAACGCUGCCCCAACCACGAGCUCGGCCGCGACUUCAACGACGGCCAGUCAGCCCCUGCCAGCCACCUCAUCCGGGUGGAAGGCAACAACCUCUCGCAGUACGUGGACGACCCGGUGACGGGCCGGCAGAGCGUGAUGGUGCCCUACGAGCCCCCGCAGGUGGGGACCGAGUUCACCACCAUCCUGUACAACUUCAUGUGCAACAGCAGCUGCGUGGGAGGGAUGAACAGGAGGCCCAUCCUCAUCAUCAUCACCCUGGAGACGAGAGAUGGCCAGGUCCUGGGCAGGAGAUCCUUCGAGGGACGGAUCUGUGCCUGCCCCGGCAGGGACCGGAAGGCCGAUGAGGAUCAUUUCCGGGAGCAGCAGGCGCUGAACGAGAGCGCGGCCAAGAACGGCAACGCCAACAAGCGCACGUUCAAGCAGAGCCCCCAGAGCAUCCCAGCGCUGGGGACCAGCAUCAAGAAACGGAGGCACGGGGAGGAGGAGAUGUACUACGUGCCUGUUCGGGGCCGGGAGAACUUUGAGAUCCUGAUGAAGAUAAAGGAGAGCCUGGAGCUGGUGGAGCUGGUCCCGCAGCAGCUGGUCGAUUCCUACCGGCAGCAGCAGCAGCAGCUCCUGCAGAGGCAGAGCCAGCUGCAGACACCUUCCUCCUACGGACCCGUCCUCUCCCCCAUGAACAAAGUCCACAGCGCAGGGAUCAACAAGCUGCCCUCUGUGAACCAGCUGGUGGGGCAGCCAGCACAGCACGGCCCUGGCACUGCACCCAGCCUGGGCCCCAUGGGACCUGGAAUGCUGAACAGCCAUCCCAUGCAACCCAACGGGGAAAUGAACGGGGGCCACUCAUCCCAGUCCAUGGUGUCGGGGUCCCACUGCACCCCCCCACCGCCCUACAACCCCGACCCCAGCCUCGUCAGUUUUUUAACAGGAUUGGGGUGUCCAAACUGCAUCGACUAUUUCACCUCACAAGGGUUACAGAAUAUUUACCACCUGCAGAACCUAUCCAUAGAGGAUCUCGGAGCACUGAAGAUCCCGGAGCAGUACAGGAUGAUCAUCUGGCGGGGUCUGCAGGAGCUCAAGCAGAGCCACGACUACGGGGCCCAGCAGCUGAUCCGCUCCAGCAGCAACGCCUCCACCAUCUCCAUCGGCAGCUCCGGGGAGCUGCAGCGGCAGCGGGUGAUGGAGGCCGUGCACUUCCGCGUGCGCCACACCAUCACCAUCCCCAACCGCGGCAACGCCGACGACUGGGCCGACUUCGGCUUCGACCUCCCGGACUGCAAAUCCCGCAAACAGUCCAUAAAGGAGGAAUUCACGGAGGGAGAGAUCAACUGAGCGGCUCCGGAGGCGGCAGCGAGAGACCAGGGGGGAGCCGAGCCCCCCAUGAAAUGUGUUUGCAGCCUCGGGCGCCUGGAGAAGGGUCAUUUUGUUGUCCGAGGGGAACUGCGGGCCCUGAGCCGGGCGGGAGGCGCCUGCCCCGGGGAGGAAACUGCGGUAGCUUCGGCCGAGGUGAGGAGGAGGAGGAGGAAGAGGAGGAGGAGGAGGGCAACCGAGCCAGCUCAGCAGCUGGAGUGGGAUUUCCGCCUGCCCGUGGCACGGGAGGCAUCAUCUGGUCUGUGUUUUCCUGGAGCAUCCCUGCAUCCCACAGACGUGGUGUAAGGACAGCACGUUUUUCUCAUCCCUGCUCACUGACCCUGUCUGUGUUCCCUGGGGUGUCCCAAACCCACAGGGCUUUGUCACUGCAGCACAGACUCAGCCCUCACCUGUGCAGGCAUCGUCAGGACUGGUGCGAAGCCACAUCCUGCUUUCCCGACAGACUGCCAAACCCUACCCUCAGCCCUCUCUAGAGCUGGAAAGAACCUGUUUGUCUGUUCCUGAUGUGUUCUUGUACCUAAAUAUUGGUGUAUAUAAACAGCAGCAAAUGUACAUACAGUAAACUCAUUGUGCUGUAAGGAGAGAGAAAGAUUUAUUUUCAUGUAAGCUAUAAAAAUUGAUACUGACUCCUGAGACACCACAGUGUCAAGUAAAUUAAUUUCAUGUUGUAGCAUGUAAAAAUGCAGAAAAUCCUGUUUCCAGCCUUAUCUAUUUAAAAUCCAAUUUUUUCUCCUCUGAAUCUUUCACGCAAUUGCAGAGGAGGGAGAAAGCCAGUGAUUGUCCUGGGAAGUCAGAGGUCUGGAUUAUCCCUCCCUGCUCUGUUGGAGAGUUUCGCAGACAGGUCAGACCUGGUGAGCCAGAAUGCAGGCAGCGUAAAUUCCAUCCUGUCCUGGAGCACAGCAAUGGUCUGGGUGACCAGCUCUGUUCUGUUCCUGGUCACUUUUCCCAGCUGUAAUUUCUCCCGUGAUUUGGGCUGGCAAAAAAACCUGCACAGAAAGCAAGGACACACAGGGUAGGUGUGUUCCCUCCCUGAAUGCUAAUUCCCUACACAUCUGGGAAGGCAAUGUCCCACAGCAGGUCUCAGAAAGGCCCAGGAAGUCACAGGAGCUCCUGCUGUGGGAGGGAGCACGGGUGGACAGGGAGCUGCUGCAUCUGCCCCCUCAGCCCUGGGUCACUCGAGAUUUUGGCCAGGCUGAGGGAACCCACACAGAAACGAUGUUCCUGGCACCUUCCCACUGCCUGUGGAGGCCUCCAAAGGCAGCCCUACACCUGCUUCCCACCUCCCCAGGCUGGGGAAGGGGCUGCAGACCCUUCCCGAAGCCCUGGACUCUCUAAGCAGGAACAAAACAAGAGCUCGAGCCCCACC